AUGUCAGACAGAAUCAAGGAAGGAAAAGGUGGACGAAGAAAAAGAACUGAUGAAGACCAAUGGGUUUCCGAAUCGGAAAAUGAAUUGGAGUCUGAUACUGCUGAAUUAAAAGUUAACACUGAUGCAGGCGAUUCUGCGAUGCCUUCCCCAGGAAUACUCCAAACGCUGACAGCUAACGAACAAACAGAAAACUAUGAGGACUUACGGGAUUUAUCACGUCAGAAUUAUCUAAAAAAAAGACAAGCUUCGAAAUUACGUGAUCUAUCGUUAGAUAUAGAAAAGUAUGAAUCCAUUGUCAAAGAAAGAGCGUUAACUAGGCAUGAACAAGAAGAUUUUGAAUAUAAACAAAAAAUAUACAAAUUGAUAACCGAAACUGAUGAAUCUUUUCAGUCUAUUGGAAGAAAUGAUGAGUAUCAGUUGCCCGAUGAUUAUAUCAAUACCAAAGGUAAAUUAGAUAAGAAACGGAAGUUAAAUGCAUUGAAUGCAAAAGAUAAUUAUGAUGACAAAAUGGAAAAAGCGGAAACAACCAAACGUAACAGGUAUGAAAAUCAGUGGGAGCUAGAUCAAUUGAAAAAGGCACAAAUUGCAAAUGUUGUUUCUACUGAUGAAAUCAAUCUCCCUAAUCAAGAUAACUAUGAAUUUGUUUUUGACGAAUCCCAAUUUGUUUCGUUUGAUCAAGACCUGCCACUAGAAGGAGAUAAACCAGAGAAUAAUACUCAAAUCUCGAAACAAAAAGCUUCAAUGGAUGAAGUUAGAAAAUCUUUGCCUGUGUAUAAAUACAGAGAACAGUUCUUAGAUGCAAUGUCAAAAUACCAAGUUUUGAUUGUUGUCGGUGAAACUGGUUCUGGUAAGACUACACAGCUUCCACAAUAUUUGCAUGAAGCAGGAUAUUCAAAGAGUAAUAAUGGAAAAAUUCUAAAAAUUGGUUGUACUCAACCUCGUAGAGUUGCAGCGACUUCUGUUGCUAAUAGAAUUGCUGAUGAAAUGGGCGUCACCUUAGGAGAAGAAGUUGGUUACAGUAUUCGUUUCGAAGACAAAUCUAGUGAUAAGACUAUUAUUAAAUAUUUAACCGAUGGUAUGUUAUUGAGGGAGUUUUUGACUGACCCUGAAUUAUCUUCCUAUGGAGCGUUAAUGAUUGAUGAAGCUCAUGAAAGAACGGUAUCUACUGAAAUAAUUCUCAGUCUUUUGAAAGACAUCAUUCAAAUUAGAAAAGACUUGAAAUUAAUCAUUGCGUCAGCAACCAUGAAUGCAGAGAAAUUUUCUAAUUAUUUUAAUGAUGCACCCAUUUUCAAUAUUCCUGGUAGAAGAUUCCCCGUUGACAUCCAUUAUACGAAGAAUCCAGAAGCAAAUUACAUACAAGCUGCCCUCACAACGAUUUUCCAGAUCCACACAACUCAGGAGUUACCUGGUGAUAUCUUGGUUUUCCUAACUGGACAAGAUGAAAUUGAAACUAUGCAAGAAAGCUUAGAAGAAGCAUGUCACAAACUAGGGUCUCUGAUAAAGCCUCUUAUAAUAUGCCCAGUUUAUGCUAGUCUUCCAACAGACCUACAAAAGAAUAUAUUCGAGCCGACCCCACCUAAUUCCAGGAAAAUCGUUCUAGCGACGAAUAUUGCUGAAACAUCUAUUACUAUCGAAGGAAUAUCUUAUGUUAUCGAUCCAGGUUAUGUUAAAGAAAAUGUCUUUAACCCUGUGACUGGUAUGGAAAGCUUGGUUGUUGUUCCUUGUUCCCGUGCUUCUGCAAACCAAAGAGCUGGUAGGGCUGGUAGAGUCGGCCCUGGUAAAUGUUUCCGUCUAUAUACGAAAUGGUCGUUCUACAAUGAAAUACAAGCUAAUCCUACUCCCGAGAUUUUGAGAGUCAAUCUAGUACACAUUGUGCUUCUAUUAUUAUCAUUAGGUAUUACUGAUUUGAUUAAUUUUGAGUUUAUUGACCCUCCCAGCUCUGACACGUUAAUCAAAUCGCUAGAAUUACUUUAUGCGUUGGGUGCAUUGAAUUCCAAGGGUGAAUUAACUAAGACUGGAAGAAAAAUGGCUGAAUUUCCGAUUGAUCCAAUGUUUGCAAAAUGUUUAAUAUCCAGCUCUACUUAUGGCGUAACGAAUGAAAUAUUGACAGUCAUUUCUAUGUUGAGUGAAAGUGCUAGUCUAUUCUAUAGGCCAAAGGAUAAGCGAGAACAAGCUGAUAAGAAAAAAGAAUCGUUUCAAGUUGAGGAGGGAGACCACUUAACUUUGCUAAAUCUUUGGGACCAAUGGCAGGAUACUGGAUAUUCGAAUCAGUGGUGUCAGGAUAACUUCAUUCAGUAUAAAACCCUUAAGCGAUCAAAAGAGGUUAGACAGCAAUUAGAGAGAUUAUGCAAAAAAACAGGAAUUCCUGUGGUCGAAGAUGAUAAAGUGAACAAAAACCUAAUGAUACAAAAGUCCAUAACUGCAGGCUUUUUUCCCAACAUAGCACGAUUAUCGAAGAUGGGUGACUCUUACAGAUCAUUAAAGAAGAACCAAGCUGUAUUUAUACACCCUUCAUCCGUUUUGUAUCCGGUAAAACCUCCACCAAAGCUUAUAUUAUACCAUGAAUUAGUGCUCACUAGUAAGGAAUUCAUGAGAAAUUGCAUGUUAAUAGAUGAAAAGUGGUUGAACGAAUUAGCUCCACAUUACUAUAGCAAUAAGGAUUUGGACAUCUUGGCCACUAAGAAAGGACCUAGUAAGUUUAAAUAG